AUGGCUGCUGCAAUUCGAGAGAAUAUCGAUAAUGUUAAGAAUAAACUCGAUCCAUAUUUACACAGUGAACAAAUUGAUUCCUAUUUGAAUCCUAUCGAACAGAAAAUACAUUUAGAACGUUCACUAAUUGUUCUUGGUUUGUUUCCUAUUGUUAUCAUCUAUAUGAUCUUUGGUGGAUGCAAUGAUUUUGUUUGCAAUUUUAUCGGUAUUCUUUACCCUAUAUGUGCUUCAUUAUCAAUUGUUAAAUCAUCAGAAACAAAUUAUGUUAAAGAAAAAGAAUUACUCAUUUAUUGGAUUGUUUAUUCAUCACUGAUUUCUAUUGAGUAUAUUGGAUAUAAUCAAUUUCAUGCAUUACGUAUUUAUUGGCUUAUUAAAUUAAUUUUUCUUAUCUGGUUUAUAAACUAUGGUGCUGCUAAAGCCAAGAAAUUACUUGAAUUUGUAGCUCUUGACCUAGCUACAAUUAGAUUGGUUUCAAUCAGUCUGGGUGACAUAGGAAUGCAAUAUGUGGCUGAAGGUUUACGAAAUAAUACGACAUUGGUUGAAAUCAAUUUUUCAAAUACUGGUUUGGGAUCUGAAUCAGUACGAAUUUUGGCUGAGGUUUUAGAAAAUAAGACUGCAUUGACUACUCUCGAUCUCUCAGAGAAUAAUAUUGAAGGUGACGGAGUUCAACAUCUGACAAUCACAACACUCGACCUCGGCUCUAAUAAAAUCAAAGAUGAAGGAGCCCGAUAUUUGGGUGUUGCUUUACGUGAUAACACAACACUCAAUGAACUGGAUCUUGGAUCGAGUGAAAUCGAAGCUGAAGGAGCCCGAUUUCUAGGCGAUGGAUUACGAAAUAAUAAGUCACUUACCAGUCUAAAGCUUUCAGGAAAUAUCAUCAAAGACGAAGGGGUUCAACAUUUACUUAAUGCUUUAGAAAAUAACAUUAUACUCAACCACCUUGAUCUUGCAUGGACUGAAUUUGAGCAAGAUGGAAAAAAAGCGAUUGAAGAUUAUGUGGAAAAGACAGGAUGUUCUGUUUUUAAGGGAUUCGAUUUUUAG